CAUGAGCAGCGGCAGGCGCAUCCGGCCCGAGCGGUCCGCGGGCGCCCAGCGCCGCAACGUGCAGAAGCUCACCUGGCGAGACUCGCACUGGCUCCAGGGCUUCUCCUCCGACGACCCUCAGCGCGGGGCUCCUCCGUCGGCCAGCCUGAGCGACAUGGGCGUCGGCGCGGCGCUGCGCCGCGUGCUCCUGCUCUGCGAGCGGCAGCAGCACCGCGAGGCUGCCGCGCUGCUCUCGCACCUCGCGCCGGCCGUGUUCCGCGCGCUGGUGGCCGAGCUGCCGGUCGAGGCGCUGCUCGAGCAGCUGCCCGCGUCGCUGCCGCCCCUCGAGGCCCUGUACGCGCGCGCCGCCUUCCUCGAGGAGCCCGCGGCCACGCUGCAGGCGCUCAAGCCCGACGCCCUGGUGCUCCACAUGGCGCGCCUGUUCGCGCAGCAGCACGACGCCGACCGCGACGGGGCGGCGCAGUGGCUCGGACCGCCCCAGAUGAUCGCCUCGUGCAAGAAGCUGCUCAAGGUGAUUCUGCAAGCGGACCCGCGCGCGCGGCAACAGCUCCGCGGGCGCAAGCAGUCCCUGGACCGGGCGCUCGAGGGUCUCGGCCAGCACGGCCUCGUGACCGCGGCUGGAGGCAGCGCUGACGCCGCGGGCGGGGCUCCUCUGCUCCACUUGAGCGAGGCGCUGCGCGGCCAGCUGGAGUCGCUGCUGUCGCGCUGCAAGACCGGCGCCCUGCGGCUGUCGGCGGGGCACGAGGCGGCCCGCGUGUCGCUCAGCCGGGGCCCAGCGCCCAGCACGGCGUCGCACCAGCGCCAGCUCAGCCUGCGCCGGGCGCAGGUCCAGGAGCGGCUCAUCCGCAACAAGACGCUUCUGGACGCCCUCGAACCUGCCGAGCAGGCCGCCAGGGGGCUCGAGGCGCUGCUGGCCGUGCUCCGGAGGAGAAUACAGCUCGACAAGGACGCCCUCUGCCAGUUCACGCAGCUGCGCAAGGAGAUCGCCGAGGAGCUGGACGAGGCGGCCGUGCUGGCGCCCGUGCUUCUGCGCUACUCUGCCGGCUGCCAGCGGGUGCUGGAGCUGAUGCGCGACGUGGCCGACGACGAAGAUGACUCGGACCUCUCGGCCGGGUACCACUCGGACUCGGACCAGUCCGGCGUGCCCAUGCGAGCGGCCGGGGCACCGGGCUGCAAGGCCCUUUCUUCCAACUUCAGUUCGACCUCGAGCGCGAUCGGGACCGACGUCCGGUCGUCGCUGUCGUCGUCCGACAGCGGCGCGGCCGAGGAACUGGCCGUGGCCCGCCAGACCAUCGCGACGCUGCAGCAGCGCCAGCGCGAGCUCCAGGACCGGCUGGCCGUCCAGGCGCAGAGGAUGGUGGCACGCGGGGGGCGCUUCGAAAACGCGGCGCAGGGCGAGCAGAGGCCCUCGGCGCUGGUGCGACGCUACGGCAGCCUGUACGCGCAGGCGCGCGUCGACACGCUCGACGCUCUCGACGCCAUCCCGCAGCUGCGGGACGCCGACGAGCUCAAGAGCAAGCUGCUCUUCUCCGUCGUCGUGCUGGGCUUCCGGUCGGUGCAAAACAGCUUGAGCGAGAUGAAGGCCCAAGUGCGGCGCGCUCUGCAGAUCCCUGCGCAGCUGAGCAGCGACCCACGAGUGCUCGAGCUCGAUGCCAGCGUGGACGACUACCUGCGCGCCAACCCGGACGCGUGCGACGUGUCCCGGAAUGUCGAGGAAGUGUGCGCGCAGAUCUGGGCCACGCUGUACGACUACCCCUGCCUGAAGGGCUGCGCAGGACUGACGCGAUACGUGUGCGACUGCGUGCGGCUCGCCUGGGCGCUCAGCGUCCACGGGUUUGCGCUCGAGUUCGAGACGCGCGCCUUCUGGCGGGAGCUGCACGUGCGCUUCCACACGUCCGACCACCGGUCGGAGCGCAUUCGCACCUACCUCUGGCCGGCGCUGCUUCAAGCGCCGCGGGGUCCCUGCGUCCACAAGGCGGUCGUCAUCACCUGAGCGGGUCGCUUCGCCCGCACGUUCGCCGGGCCGCCAGAGGAAGACGUCGCCGCGCCGAGCUGUGCAUCACCGUGACAAGCGCAACAGGCACGGGCCUUCGCGGGCACCCUCUAUAUAUGUUCUCACUGCGUCACCAGUGAACCGGAGAAGACUCAACACGGGCGCCGUCAAAGCUUUGCCUGUAUUGCAGAAGCGACUUCUGUGCAGAAUGUAUUGUCGAGAGUGCGUGUGUAAGAGUGCUUCGGGAAGUGCAAUAAUUUCCCCGCUUGGUUGUACGGUCCAUCAAAUAGUGAGCGAAAAGGAGAUUUUCACAUCAAUUGCCGCUAACGUAUCUGGGGGAAAAAAAAUCUUCCCAUGUCGACGACGUUUUAGCAAAGCUGUUCUAACAAUUUCUUCAAAUCUUGCUGGCCUGCUAGUUGUUCAAUACACUCCCUUAAGUAAAUGUUGUUCGGCGGUAGGAGCAGAGAUCGCCUGCUGAGGGAGUGUCGCGCACAUAGCGCAAACCUCGAACAAGCAGCCAAACUCCUCCCAGGCAGCUUUCGCGUCGGUGCUCGCUGUAACUAGCCCACACAAAUUGGUGGCCUUUCAAUGUGACCACUAGAACGCGCACUUCUCUCGGUGUGAUUCAUUGGUUCGUACAGGGCUUUGGUUUCAGCGUAAUUGUAGUUAACUUUUGCAGCCGUAAAUUAUCCUGUUAGUUAAUGGCCAGACAUGCUUGGAGCUCUGUCAGUCGUCGUUUUGUUCGUGCUGUUACCAUUAUGAACGCAUAGCAACUCGCCCAACUUUCCACUUUAAUGAUUACUAACCCUUGCACACUCACACCUCGGCACCAUCAACGCGUUGGAAUUGUGGAGAGAGAGUGAUAGAGAGAGAAAGCAAUGAGAGGAAAGGCAGGGAGGUCAACCAGACGAGUUGUGAAGAGAUUCAUGUACGGACCAUGGGAUGAAUUCACGAAGCUUUUCGGUCGUAAGUAUCUUUCGCCAUUGGCCAGCCACCUUCGCUGAUAUGUCCAGCGUCCGGAUUUGGCUGAUAUUUUCUCUUACGAACAACUCUAGCAUAAGAGCUUUUCGUGAAUACGGACCCACAUGAUUUCAAUGGCAUUAGUAUAAUGAAGUGGUCAUGAAUCAAUAAUAACGGUGUUCAGCACUGCUUCUCCACGAGUAUUCACCUGUGAGGAGAAUGCACGCGGAGAACAAGAGUUCUUACACACACAAAAAAAUCCUGUAUGCGUACCAGCAUUAGGAUAUACGUAAACUUGUGAGGGACGGUUGUAAACUAUGCAAUGUCCGUCUAUUCUGGCGUAAGAGGACAGACGGCCGUUACCUCAGUAGGCCAUGUAGCUCGGCUUCUCCGCUAUUUUUGACCUUUCAUUUCCCCUUACCCUUCCCCAGUGCAGGGUAGCAAACCAGAAUAUUUUCGGGUUAACCUCCCUGCCUUUCCCACCCCGUUUAUCUGUCUCUCUCUCUCGCUCUCUCUACUUCGGUUGACGUGUUUUGAGCCCUGAAGUCAAGUGCGAAGUCGAGGAAGAGGAAACUUUAUUAAAUAACGGUUCCACUUCAACUCGUCUGUGUUUGUAGGAUCGAAGCAAUCUUAACACGUCAAACUUAACGAAACUUCUCGUCGGCGGUCUGGCUGCAUGUAUGCAUGCAUAGUAAUGUAGUCGUGUUUUAAAUCAUCCAGACUUCGAUCCCGCUAAUUGUAAGAGCUAUGAGGAUUAUUCGUGGUCCCUAAGAAGUCAUUGAAGGAAACUGCUGCGCUGUUAAGCGUGGAUGCAAACCGAGUCUCGCUGUCUGCGAUGGUGUUCACAUCGUUUGACGGUAGCGGAGGAGUUCGACGAUAUCAAGCGGCCGUCGCACGACGCUUGAAACAAAUCACAGCAUAACCUAGCUUUAGGACGACGUUAUUAAUGCUUUGGUUCUAACUUGUUCUGCUGUCCUAACACGCUCUGCAUUUCGAAAAAACAUAAACCACGAAGUGCACGUAUUGUAUAAGCGACGUGCCAACCAGUGAACGUUCACUAGAAUUCAUUAAAUUUGUUGAAUGAGAUUAUUAGCUUUUUUUUUUACCUUAGAGACAUGACUGUACAUAUAUUACUCAGAAAUUGUUCUUAUUUUUGUCAGCAGGCUCACUGUUCCUCUAGCCGUCCACGUUUAGUCCAUCCACGUUUAGUUUAUGGCUAACGUACAAGUUGUGCAAAAAGUCUAUCCUUCCCAGAUACGGAUGUGCUAUUAGCCGGCGCACGAGCCUGCAAAGUAUUCGCGACAUGCUUAUUCUAGGUUGAAGUGCUUUGAAGUGACCUCUCCUGGGCAAAAGCGAGAGUAUAGACGCUACUAUACCGUGUAAAGAAAAUUUAGCCCCUAAGACAGUAACGCCCUUGUUGGAACGUUGCUGCGAUAGAGCAGGUACAUCCAGGUAUUUCCAAGAGUGAUUUAGUGAACCGUAUAAGCACCUGGCAGUGUUGACACCUGGGAUGCGAUCGGAGAUCGUUUUUCGAAACGCAAGUUCAGCUUGCGUUCUGUUUUGCCUCACGCGAAUGGUCUGUAUAGGCCGCGCUGAGUCGUCAACCGUGCCCCGGCGACUGACAACUCGGCGCUGCCUAUAGACCAUUCGCAUGAGGCGAAACUGAACGUAAGCUGAACGUGUGCUUCGAACAACGAUCUCCGAUCGCGCCCCUGUUCACCACACACUUGCACACUCUAAUUAUAAAAGAAAUGAGACCUGCGUCUUGGAGCCCCCCACCCCUCAGCACAUGCCUUUCUGUGAAUCCUAUUUAUCCUUGCCAUACUGAAUCAAUCUAAGUGCCAAACUGUUCAAUAAAACACUCUG